UUUUUUUUUUUUUUUUUUUUGCCUUUUCCCUCUUUUGAAUCUUUCCCAAAAUUCUCAUGGCGAACACAUCAUCGGAGCGAGGAUCUCGGGAACAUUUACUCCGGGACACGACACGGCCGAGCGCGAUCAACAACAAACAAUCGCAACCGGAGUUUCCAUCGUCGAGGUUCACGUUCAUGUCCCUCGUGCUCUGGUUCGACCAGUCGAAUUGCGGCACGGCUCUGCUUUCGUGGUCCGUCUUCUUCCUUCUCGUCGUCAUCGUUCCUAUGAUCUCUCACUUCUUGCUCGUCUGCUCCGACUGCGAUUUCCAUCACCGCCGACCGUACGACGCCGUUGUUCAGCUCUCGCUGUCGAUAUUCGCAGGAAUCUCGUUCUUUAGCCUCUCGAUUUGGUCGAGGAAGUUUGGGAUGAGAAAGUUCUUGUUCCUUGAUAAGCUUUGGGAUGUUAGCGACAAAGUUAGGAUCGAACACGAAGCUGAGAUUCAGAGAUCGCUAAAACGGCUAAUGAUCUUCGUCUUCCCAUCGCUAACGCUCGAAGCAAUCUACAGAAUCUGGUGGUACAUCUCUGGCUUUAACCAGAUUCCUUACAUCAUCAACCCUGUUCUUAGCCACGUUGUUGCAUGCACUCUCCAGCUCUCUUCUUGGCUUUACCGUAACGCCAUUUUCAUCGUCGUCUGCAUUCUCUACCAGAUCACAUGCCAUCUUCAGACUCUUCGUCUCGAGGAUUUCGCUAGAUGCUUCGCCUCUGAGAUCACUGACGUUAGCUCAGCUCUUGGUGAGCAUCAGAAGAUCCGUCGUAAUCUGAGGAUUGUUAGCCAUCGGUUCAGGAGAUUCAUUCUUUUGUCUUUGGUUCUUGUUACUGCUACUCAGUUCAUGGCUUUGCUUACCACUACGAGGGCUAGUGUUGCUGUUAAUAUCUAUGAAGUUGGCGAGCUCGCGUUAUGUUCGUUGAGUUUGGUUACAGGAGUAUUCAUAUGUUUGAGAAGUGCAACGAAGAUAACUCACAAAGCUCAAUCUGUAACCAGCCUUGCAGCCAAAUGGAACGUUUGCGCCACAGUUGACUCGUUCGACCAUCUUGAUGGGGAAACUCCUACUGCUUCCAUGGUUGAAUCACAAAUUUCUCCAUGUGGCAUUAAUGCGGUGGAUACAUCUGAUGAUGAAGAAGGAGAAGGAGACGAUGAUCUUGAUAAUACCAAGAUACAUCCCAUCUACGCCAAUACAAUUUCAUACCAAAAACGUCAAGCUCUUGUGACCUACCUAGAGAACAACAAAGCUGGGAUCACUGUGUAUGGAUUCCUAGUAGAUAGAUCAUGGUUGCACACAAUUUUCGGCAUUGAACUCGCUCUUCUACUAUGGUUGCUCAAUAAAACGAUCGGUAUAUUGGCUUAAACCGGUUUCUCUUGUUUGGAAAAGGUUCUUGUGUUUACCAAUGUUUAAUCUUUGUAAUAUAUUGUUUUUGGCUUUUUGACAGUGAAUAUACCAUGAAUCAAGUAUUUGGUAAUAUAUAUAUAUAUGCAUGCAGCAUUGAAUCGUUUUGGCAUGAUGUUUCUCGCGAAGAUAUGAUGAAGUACCGUAGAGAUUUUCAUAGAGGCAAGGAGAUGUGUCUUCCUCCUUACUUGUAUAAUUACAAAUCUGAAGAUAUGACAACUUUUUUGGUUUGGUUCAUCUAUAAAUACAAACAUGUACGAGGUUGUAUAUACAGUAUGUAUCUAUAUAGAUGUCUGAUCUGUUUUGAU